UAUACUUGCCACCACCAUCAACAAUAGUUUAAGUAGUAUAAAACUGUUUCUAGAACAAGUUUCAUCUCGCUUGAUGGUUGUUUUGGGCUUGUCAUUUGGAAACACUGUCGUCACUUCCGGUUAUUAGACAGCUCUUCUGUGUCAGCUGUAAGCGACACAGUUGAUCCAGCUAAAUGAAAAAGCAAAGCGUUCAUAAACAAUAAGAGUCGUUUAUCUGUACACAGGUUUAUACAAAAAAGACAAAAGUUUCCUUCGGCUUGAUGUUGUGAGCGUAAUGAACAUGGAUAUCCCAGUCACCCUCGUCAUCAAAGCCCCGAAUCAGAAGUAUAACGACCAGACCAUCAGCUGUUUCUCGGACUGGACAGUGGAGAAGCUGAAAGCCCAUCUGUCUCACGUCUACCCCAGUAAACCGAGCUCUAAAGACCAGAGGCUGGUGUACUCCGGCAGGCUGCUCUCCGACGAUCUGCAGCUCAAGGAUGUCUUCAGGAAGCAGGAUGAAUACCACAUGAUUCAUCUAGUGUGUGCCUCCCGCACGCCUCCCCCCUCCCCUCAGCCCCGCAAACGCAGCUCGCGCAACAAGACACAGGCGGCGGCCACAGACACACACACGCGGCCUGCUAGUGCAGGUACUACUACUACUACUACUACUACUAGUCCAGUGCCCCCUGCUGGUGCCCCGUGUGAUGUUCCAGUCCAGCCCACAGCUGCUCAGAGUCCUCUCAACACUACUGCACACCCCGCCUUCACACAAGGGUACCCCUGGCCCCAGGUUCCCAUGGCGACAGCUGGCCCCGCAUCAGGACCGCUGCUCCCCAUCAGUCCCAUGAGCCUCUUCUGGUGGCAGCAGGCCUACGCAUGGCACUUAUACACGCACUACCAAGCCUCAUUGGCUGCUUACUACCAGACGGCCCGGCCUCCUCAACCCGACAGCCAACCAGAGCAGCCCAGUGAACAACAACGACAACAACAACAGCAGCAGCAGCAGCAGCAGCGGUUGGCUGAGGCGGCCGGGGGGGAGGGUCCAGAGGAGGAGGAU